CAAAACAACGACUGUCGGUCUCUUCUGCUUCCCGCCAUAGCCAACCAUGGUUCUCAAGACGGAGAUUUGCCGCUUUAGCGGUGCCAAGAUCUACCCUGGCAAGGGAAUCCGAUUCAUUCGAUCGGAUUCGCAGGUGUUCCUGUUCGGUAACUCAAAAUGCAAGUCGCUCUUCCAUCUCAAGAAGAAGCCGUCCAAGCUGGGAUGGACGGCUCUUUAUCGAAAGCAGCACAAAAAGCAUGCCCACGCCGAGACCCAGCGCAAGAGGCGGAGGACCAUAUCGAAGCCAAUCAACAGGUCGAUCGUUGGUGCUUCCUUGGAAGUGAUCACGAAGAGGCGAACUGAGAAGGCUGAAGUACGAGAAGCCGCCAGAGAGGCAGCCUUGCGUGAGGUGAAGGAGCGGAUUAAGAAGACCAAGGACGAGAGAAGGCGAAGAAGGUAGAAGCUCAAGCCAAGGCAUCGAAGUCGGCGAUGAAGACCACACGGAAGGCGCCUCAACCGAAGGGGCCGAAGCUGGGUGGCGGCGGAGGAAAGCGUUAAAAUCGUCUGGGGGAGGUGCCACGAAUCGACGAACGCAAGGAUUGAGCGGCUUGCGCGACGCGUGUUGCAUACGCUGUCUGCUUAUCCUCCUUGGUUUUAGGGGUAGGAGGACACGUGUGCGACGCCGGGUAGCAGAGUUGAUCGGAAUUUUUGUAUGCAGGGAUCCCUGUCCUCCUUUCUGUAGGUGGAAGCGCUGGCGAUGUUACCAGUCUGCUUGUGCGACGCUGGCGCGGGAUGCGCGGGAUGUGUGGAUGUGGGGCACGGGUGCGAUAUUUUGCCAGUCUUCUGAGCCGUUGUUGACAUGGUGGGCAAGUAACGAUGCUAAUCUUAAACAUGUUUUCGUCCGCUGGGAGCGGCUGUGAUGUUGUCUCAUGGAGGGCAUUUGUGGUGGUCGAUAACUGGUUUUGAUUGAUGCGUUGUGAUUUGAAAGGUGGCAUUUGCGGCGAAGGAGAGGAGUGUGCGCCCUUGGGAAAAAGGGAGGGGAGUGUACUCGUCGGUGCAUAUUGGG